AUGGCUUUUAUUUUUGUUGUUUCUGAUCCUUUCAGUUUGUAUCUUGAUAAUUCAGGUAUAAUACAAAAAGAAAAUGAAUGGACACUUGAAACUGAUGGCAUGAACUUACAAGAAGUACUAAAUGCAGAUAAUGUUACAGAAUUACAUGAAACGGUGAAAACUUUAAUGAAGGCGGCAAGCUUUGGAGAAAUAGAUGAUUAUAGAAGUGUAGCAGAAAAUAAUUUGUUGG